CAUGGACCCUCCGUUUCUCUGUCGAUUUCCCCCCCGUCUCUCCCUCUCUCCUCUCUCACACACCACACGCGGUCUUCUCUCUCUCUUUCCACAAUUUUGCUUUUAUAAGCGCUGAUUCCGUGAAUUCUGGUGGAUAUUGUUUCGACGCAGUUUUCGAAUUCGUUGUACUGGUGGAGACUCUUCUGGAAUCUUCAAUCCGUGAUACAAACUCUUUGUUUUCCUUUUCUCCUCCUCAAUUUAGCAAGCUGAGGAAAGAGCGGGGACCUCAAAUUUGUGACUGAUUGCAGCUCGGCGGCUGGAACUGAAUGUUUACGCAGUGCAUCGGUAUAAGUUUCAAGUAUCAGUGUAAUUGGUUGUGUGGGGAUCUGAUUUUGGUUGAGCUUAUAAAACUUAAGAAUAUUUAACACAUCUUCUCAGAAUUGCAACAUUUUCUGUUUAGUCUGAAUGAUGGACAGCAUGAGUCUUGACCCGAAAGCUAUGUUAGGGACAAUGGAUGGUUUGGGAACCUCUGAUCACGCCUCGGUGGUCUCGAUAACCUUAUUUGUAACUCUCCUGUGUGCAUGUAUUGUGAUUGGUCAUCUAUUGGAGGAAAAUCGUUGGAUGAACGAAUCUAUUACAGCCCUCAUAAUUGGUGUAGCGACUGGAGUUAUAAUUCUGCUAAUAAGUAGUGGGACGAGCUCACAUCUCUUGGUGUUCAAUGAGGAUCUUUUUUUCAUUUAUCUGCUUCCACCAAUCAUCUUUAAUGCCGGGUUUCAGGUUAAAAAGAAACAAUUCUUUCGCAAUUUCAUGACCAUAGUGAUGUUUGGGGCACUUGGUACCUUGAUAUCCUUCAUCACCAUAUCACUAGGCGCUAUUGCCAUCUUCGAGAAAAUGAAUAUUGGUCUUGCAAUUGGAGAUUACCUAGCAAUUGGAGCAAUUUUUGCCGCAACAGAUUCAGUCUGCACGUUGCAGGUGCUAAAUCAGGAUGAGACUCCAUUGCUGUACAGUCUAGUUUUUGGAGAAGGUGUUGUGAAUGAUGCAACAUCUGUAGUGCUUUUUAAUGCAGUCCAGAACUUUGACCUGUCUAAUAUCAACACCAGCGUAGUUCUGGGGCUAAUUGGAACCUUUUUUUAUUUGUUUAUUUCGAGCACUGUACUGGGAGUUGUGACUGGACUGCUUAGUGCAUAUGUCAUAAAGAAGCUCUAUUUUGGAAGGCAUUCCACUGAUCGUGAGGUUGCCAUUAUGAUGCUCAUGGCUUACCUUUCAUACAUGUUGGCUGAAUUAGCAAAUCUAAGCGGUAUCCUCACCGUGUUCUUCUGUGGGAUUGUGAUGUCGCACUAUACCUGGCAUAAUGUCACCGAGAACUCAAGGAUCACCACCAAGCACACCUUUGCGACAUUAUCCUUUGUAGCUGAGAUAUUCAUAUUCCUUUAUGUUGGCAUGGAUGCUCUCGACAUUGAGAAAUGGAGAUUUGUUAGUGACAGGCCGAAAACAUCGAUCUCUGUCAGUGCAGCUCUACUGGGAUUGGUUUUGGUAGGCAGGGCCGCCUUUGUAUUUCCUUUGUCAUUUUUGUCCAACCUGACCAAGAAAAUCCCUCAUGAGAAGAUCAGUUUUAACGAGCAAAUCACAAUAUGGUGGGCUGGUCUUAUGCGAGGUGCUGUUUCUAUGGCUCUUGCUUAUAACCAGUUUACUCGAGCUGGCCAUACCACGGAAAGUAUAAAUGCUCUCAUGAUCACCAGUACAAUAACAGUCGUGCUCUUCAGCACUGUGGUUUUCGGCUUGAUCACGAAACCUCUUGUGAGGUGCUUGCAGCCUUCAUCAAAAGAGCUAAACAGAAUGGUCUCUGCAGAUCCACUUACGCCAACUUCCUUCACGGUGCCACUUCUCGGUGAAUGCCAGGACUCCGUUGCUGAACUGUUCAGCGGAAAUGGACAAGUUUCCGAGGGUGGGCAGAGCAUUGCCCGUCCAAGCAGUUUAAGGAUGCUACUGACGAGGCCUACUCGUACAGUCCAUUACUACUGGAGAAAAUUCGAUGAUGCGUUCAUGCGUCCCGUUUUCGGCGGCCGUGGCUUCGUCCCUUACGUCCCGAGCUCGCCAACGGAACAGAGCGUGCCUGCUCCGCUGGGAGAAGCCAAACACUAAAUUCUAAAAUGCUCUUUGCGCCAGUUUGUCAGUCUGCUGACACAGUUUUGGGGCCCCUUUGGUUUGUGAUAUCUUGAUUGCUACUGUUUCUCGUUCGUCGUCGUUGCACGUGACGAAAGAUUAGUAGAGGCUGCAGAAAUCAUUUCGUGGUGGUGGUGGUGGUGUUCGUGUUCGUUUCAGCUGUGAGUAUUUUGUCGGGCAGUCGCCGUCGACCGGAAGAGUGCGGAGCUCUGAAGGGUUCUCUCGCGGGUGUGUAUUUAUUUUUUUUGUAAGCAACGCAGGUCAUAUAGGAUACAGUUCUUUCUCUGUAUACGACAUUACAUGAGAUGUAUAGUGAGUUACCGGUGUAAUCACUCCUUUUGUGUGUGGAUUUCAACUUCCUCCAGUUCGGAUUUUUUUACCAUUUCA